GAAGCGCCAGGCCCGGCCCGCUCCCCCCACGUGUCGGUUGGAGUUUUUCCACCAGUAACAUGGCCGCUGCCUGAGAAGAGAGCCGGGCCGCCGCCGCCUCUGCAGCCCGCGGGUACCUGGGCCGUUGCCGCCGCCCGCGUGCGGCCCCCGCGGACAGAUCGAGUCUGAGGACUGCACAGCCGGCUGCGCCCUAGUAUGGCCAAUGAAGAGGAUGACCCAGUCGUGCAGGAGAUCGACGUGUACUUGGCCAAAAGUCUGGCAGAGAGGCUCUAUCUGUUUCAGUACCCUGUGCGUCCAGCCUCGAUGACCUACGACGACAUUCCGCACCUCUCGGCCAAGAUCAAGCCCAAGCAGCAGAAGGUAGAGCUUGAGAUGGCCAUCGACACCCUGAAUCCCAACUAUUGUCGCAGCAAAGGGGAGCAGAUUGCACUGAACGUGGAUGGUGCCUGUGCCGACGAGACCAGCACGUACUCCUCGAAGCUGAUGGACAAGCAGACGUUCUGCUCCUCCCAGACCACCAAUAAUACAUCCCGUUACGCCGCUGCACUCUACAGACAAGGUGAGCUCCACCUGACACCUUUACAUGGCAUCCUGCAGCUACGGCCCAGCUUCUCCUACUUGGAUAAGGCGGAUGCCAAGCACCGAGAGAGGGAGGCGGCCAAUGAGGCUGGAGACUCUUCGCAGGACGAGGCAGAAGAAGAUGUGAAACAGAUCACGGUACGCUUCUCUAGGCCUGAGUCGGAGCAGGCCCGCCAGCGCCGCGUGCAGUCCUAUGAAUUCCUGCAGAAGAAGCAUGCCGAGGAGCCCUGGGUCCAUCUGCACUACUACGGCCUGCGGGACAGCCGCUCUGAGCAUGAGCGCCAGUACCUGCUGUGCCAGAGCUCCAGCGGGGUGGAGAACACGGAGCUUGUCAAGUCGCCCAGGUGGGACUGGCCCAGCCAGCAUCCUCAGUCCUGGGGGCUGCGGGGCCUGACACUGGCCCCGGGGACUGUGCCCUGUGGAGAAGUUCACACAUACAAGUGA